UCAUUCAUGAUUCCAUUUCAUGUCAUCUCUGGACUGAAACUCAGAUGGAACGGAACCGCGCAAACAAAUUAAUAGAAAAACCACUGUCAAUCAACGAACACUUGCUUUCAACAGUCAACUCUCAUGCAUUCCAUUUAUCCAUUAGUAAUAUAUAUAUGCACAAAUUUGUUAUUGUUUGUCUAUAAUAUAUACUCACCACCAUUACUAGCCUUAUAUGGAUAAAACCCAAAACCCCUAAUUAAACCUCCUCAAAAAAAAAAAAAAAAAAAAAAAUUUGUUUGUUGUAAAAUGCUUUUCAUGUACUUGUUCUUCUCCACCCAACAUUCUCUUCUUCAAUUCUGAGAUCUUUACCCAAAAAAUGGACCUUAAAAUCUCCUACAAGCCAAACCCACUUCUCUUUUCCACUCCUUCACUCUCCCUAACGAAGCAAAGACACAAACUUUAUCGUAAAAGACCUGAGUUUCGCGCUCUAGCCGCCGCAAAUCCAAAUGGGUCUGGUGGGUUUUCUUGGCGGAGUCUGUCUCGGUCGCUUCGGCAAGGCUCGGUCCGCUUCUGGUCCAAUUUGGGCGACUCGGUCAAGAAGGAGACUGGGUUUGAUUUGGAAGAAGCCAAUGCGAGAGUGACUGAGUUUGCGGGGCGAGUCCGAGACGGGGUGAAGGUGAGUGGGAGCGAGUUGGACCGGUUCAGGACUGAUGUGUUGGCCGAGUUUGUGGAUUGGAACAAAUGGCAGCAUUGGAAGGAUUUGAAGUCUUGGGAUUCUAAACGAAUUGCUGCAUUGGUUGUCUAUAUCUUUGUUGCCGCAAUUUCUUCUCGAGGAAUAUACUUAGCGAUUCGAGCUCCUUACCUAAAUCGCCAAAGAAAAGAGUUGACAGAGGCUUAUAUGGAGGCAUUGAUUCCUGAGCCUUCUCCUACUAACGUAAGAAAGUUUAAGAAGAGUAUCUGGAGGAAAACAACAUCCAAAGGCUUGAAAAUGAAGAAGUUUAUUGAAAGACCUGACGGAACAAUUGUUCGCGAUAGUUCUUUUGUGGGUGAGGACGCAUGGGAUGAUGAUCCAGAGCUGCCUCAGGAAAACAUAAUGCAAAUUCUUGAUGGCGACACAAAAUUAAAACCAGAAGAAAAGAAAGAGGUUAAGCAAGAAUUGGGAAUUUCAGGUGAAAUUCGGGAAGGUGGAGGAAUGUGGCGUGAAAGACUUCAAAAGUGGAACGAGAUCAUCGAAAAGGAAAAGUUAACUGAACAAGUAGAUUCCCAAAAUGCUAAAUAUGCAGUUGAAUUUGACAUGAAAGAGGUUGAGAACAGUCUUCGCAAGGAUCUUGUGGAAAAGACAACAGAGAUACAAGGAACUAGGGCGUUGUGGAUUUCUAAGAGAUGGUGGCUAUAUCGUCCCAAACUUCCUUACACUUAUUUUCUUCAAAAACUAGAUAGCUCUGAGGUUGCUGCCGUUGUAUUUACAGAGGAUCUAAAGAGAGUAUAUGUCACAAUGAAAGAAGGUUUUCCACUAGAAUAUAUUGUUGAUAUUCCCCUAGAUCCAUACUUGUUUGAGACUAUUUCGAGUUCUGGUGUUGAAGUAGACCUCCUUCAGAAGCGUCAGAUCCAUUACUUAUUGAAAGUCGUGAUUGCUUUAGCGCCUGGAAUUCUGAUUCUUUGGCUUUUAAGGGAAUCCUCGAUGCUUAUGCUCAUCACAUCAAAGCGUUUUCUUCACAAGAAGUAUAAUCAACUUUAUGAUAUGGCUUAUGCAGAAAAUUUCAUCUUGCCAGUUGGAGAUGUUGGCGAAACAAAAUCAAUGCGCAAGGAAGUGGUAUUAGGAGGUGACGUUUGGGAUCUUCUUGAUGAGCUCAUGAUUUAUAUGGGAAACCCAAUGCAGUACUAUGAAAGAGGCGUGCAGUUUGUUCGGGGCGUUCUUCUCUCUGGACCUCCUGGAACAGGAAAAACACUUUUUGCAAGGACACUUGCAAAAGAAAGUGGACUGCCAUUUGUUUUUGCUUCUGGUGCUGAGUUCACAGAUAGCGAAAAGAGUGGCGCUGCUCGAAUAAAUGAGAUGUUUUCCAUUGCAAGGAGAAAUGCUCCUGCUUUUGUGUUCGUGGAUGAAAUUGACGCAAUUGCUGGAAGACAUGCGAGAAAGGAUCCCAGAAGAAGGGCAACAUUUGAGGCUCUGAUAGCACAGCUUGAAGGAGAGAAGGAAAAAACUGGUGUUGAUAGAUUCUCACUUAGACAAGCGGUAAUAUUCAUCUGUGCAACCAAUAGGCCAGAUGAGUUGGACCUUGAAUUUGUUCGUCCAGGACGGAUUGACCGUCGUUUGUACAUAGGUUUGCCCGAUUCGAAGCAACGAGUUCAAAUUUUUGGUGUGCAUAGUGCAGGAAAGCAGCUAGCAGAUGAUGUAGACUUUGGAAAACUCGUCUUCCGUACAGUUGGAUUUUCUGGUGCAGAUAUCCGGAAUCUUGUCAACGAAGCAGCAAUUAUGUCGGUGAGAAAAGGACAUUCCAAAAUUCACCAGCAAGAUAUUGUUGACGUAUUAGACAAACAAUUGCUGGAGGGUAUGGGUGUACUUCUCACUGAAGAAGAGCAACGAAAAUGUGAAGAAAGUGUGUCUUAUGAAAAGAAGAGGCUGCUGGCUGUACAUGAAGCUGGUCACAUAGUCUUAGCUCAUUUGUUUCCACAGUUUGAUUGGCAUGCUUUCUCUCAGCUCCUGCCUGGUGGCAAGGAAACUGCAAUUUCUGUGUUUUAUCCCCGAGAAAAUAUGGUGGACCAAGGUUACACAACAUUCGGCUACAUGAAGAUGCAAAUGGUGGUUGCACAUGGUGGUCGUUGUGCCGAGCGUGUUGUAUAUGGUGAUGAUAUAACUGAUGGGGGAAGGGAUGAUCUUGAAAAGAUAACAAAGAUUGCUCGAGAGAUGGUUAUCAGCCCUCAAAACCGGAGGUUGGGGCUCCUUCCUUUAACAAAAAGAAUUGGACUAGUGGAUCGACCGGAUAAUCCAGAUGGCGAGUUGAUAAGAUACAGAUGGGACGAUCCACAUGUGAUUCCUGCCAAAAUGACGCCUGAAGUGUCCGAGCUAUUUAAUCGAGAAUUGACGCGGUAUAUUGAAGAAACAGAAGAGCUUGCAAUGAAUGCUCUGAGGAACAAUAGACACAUACUGGACCUGAUAACCACGGAAUUAUUGGAGAAGUCGAGGAUAACUGGACUAGAGGUUGAAGAGAAAAUGAAGGGCCUUUCUCCUGUUAUGUUUGAAGAUUACGUAAAGCCAUACCAGAUAAACUUGGAAGAGGAGGGACCGUUGCCGCAUAAUGAUCGAUUGCGAUAUCAUUCAUUGGACAUAUAUCCUGCACCAUUGCACAGAUGUUAAACACUUACAGAUGGAAAUCUCGCGAUGUCAGUUCUUUGCGUAAAAAACCAAAUGCUCAAGUUACUGCCAUCCAAAAGUUUGGGAACUGCGUUGUCGACAAAACCAAUUGACCAUGACGUGAUGUUCAAGGCUAUUUAGAGUAUUUUUUCGUAAAUGCCGAGCCUCUUCAAAGCCAAGAAGUCCACACAUAUUUGCAGCGGAGCGUUUAAUAAAUUUUGCAACCAAUCCAGAUGCUGGUUGACAAAGGAGUUAAAUUUGUUGCAGUUCCUGAGGCCGAAACAUUGCUAGCAGAAUGUCGACUAGAUCAC